GAGCAGCCCGACCCGCAGCCCGGACUCUCCGCUUCGACUCAGCGGGACUCUGUGGCCGGACUCUGGUACCGCUCUGCGGGAGGCUCUCCUGCCUCCCUGCCGCCUCCUCCCGGAACCUCGCAGCCUGCCGCAGGAGCAGCAGGAGCCGCGGACUCAGUGAUCAAUGAAGCCGGAGAUCAUGGCGGAGGGUCCCCGCUGCAAGAGGCGAAAACAGGCCAACCCCCGGAGGAAGAACGUGCUAAACUAUGAGAACGUUGUGGAAACGACCUCGGACACCGAUGACGAGGACAGUUUCGGAGGAGGUGGAGCGGGAGUGGACGAGGAGGAGGGCAGUCCGGCAGGCGUGCCUGCUCUGGAGGCGUCGCCCCGGGUCGGCCACGCCCUGCUGUCCCACCGUGACCAGGAGAGCGCCGAGAGCGGAGAUGGGUUCCAGGACCCCCACGCCUGGAGACGCAUCGAUGGGGGGACGGACGAGUACGAAGCCGUGGGCCCGGAGGCGUCUCCUCACGCUGUGGAAAACAGUGCAGGGAAGCGACUGGAGGGCAUCCCUGAGCUGGACGAGUACUUCCUGAAGCGUAAACUGGAGGACGGCGACAGUCACUCUGCGUGCAUCGCUGAGUACCUGCAGCGCAGCGACACUGCCGUCAUUUAUCCAGAAGCCCCAGACGAGGUGACGCGCCUGGGCACGCCUGAGGCCACGGGGCAGGACGAGAGCGAGCACGACCUGGGACCCGACACGCAGGAUGACUUCGCCCAGCUGCUCACGUGUCCGUACUGCGACCGCGGCUACAAGCGCCUGACGUCUCUGAAGGAACACAUCAAGUACCGUCACGAGAAGAACGAGGAGAGCUUCCCCUGCCCGCUGUGCGCCGAGACGUUCGGCCACCGUGCUCAACUGGACCGUCACAUGACCACGCACAAGCCUGCCAGAGACCAGCCACCACUGCUUACUGAAGGAGCUGGAAACCGCAAGUUCAAAUGCAGCGAGUGUGGAAAAGCCUUCAAGUACAAGCACCACCUGAAGGAGCAUCUUCGUAUUCACAGCGGUGAGAAGCCAUAUGAAUGCUCCAACUGUAAGAAGCGCUUCUCCCACUCCGGCUCCUACAGUUCCCACAUCAGCAGCAAAAAGUGCAUUGGCCUGAUUGCCCUCAAUGGAAGAGUACGCAAUGGAAAUGGUGGCAAACUCGGCUCCUCCCCCAGCUCUACAACCUCAUCACCUGGAAGCCCCGCCCUGGCCCAGCUUCGCCACAAACUUGAAAACGGGCGCCCGCUGGGGCAGCAAGACCAGCCACGUCAGCUGGACAUAAAACCUGAGCCGAUGGACUUCAACGACUACCGGCUAUUGAUGGCCUCACAGCAUGCGUUUGGGGGACCCGGGGUCUACCUGAACGGGCGGGGGGGGAGCCCCUUGGGUUUUCACAACUCCUCCCAGAGUCCCCUUCAACAUCUGGGAGGCAUUGGGCUGGACCUCCAAAUGCUGGGCUACGUGAGAUCCCUUGGCAACAACCUGAGCGAGGUGCAGAAGGUGCUCCAGAUUGUGGACAACACGGUGUACAGGCAAAAAAUGGAUGGAAGCCCUGAAGACAAGCUCAGGUCCUACAUGAAGGAGUUAGGUGCCCAGAUGGAGGAGACCAAGGCGACUCAGGGUGGCUUCCUGGUGACGGGCCAUGGCAGUCCCACCAAGAGCAUCAUCGAUUACACGCUGGAGAAGGUCAAUGAGGCCAAGAGUCUGAUCGACGAGUCUAAGAGGCAAGAGGAUGUUAAGAAGGAGAAACCAAGCCACUCUGUGGAUCUCAGCAGUGAGGAAAAGAAACAUGAAAGCCAGAACCAGUUCCUGCCAUUCUCCUGCCAAUACUGCAAGGAGACCUUCCCCGGGCCAAUCCCCCUGCACCAACACGAGCGCUACCUGUGCAAAAUGAACGAGGAAAUAAAAGCCGUCCUGCAACCGGCAGACGGCUGUCCCGGUGGCCACCAGGGAGGGAUGUCCUCCGAGGUCUCCAGCAACGACCGAGCCACCAGCCCCGUCAGCCCCUUCAAGGAUCACGUGUCGUUGCUCAAAGCUUAUUUCGCCAUGAACACUGAGCCCAACUCAGAGGAACUGCUCAAAAUCUCAGUUGCUGUUGGCCUCCCUCAAGAGUUUGUCAAGGAGUGGUUUGCCCAGUGGAAGAGCCAAAACCACCACGGUAAAAGGUCACCACCUCCUGACUGCAGUGGACCAGAAGUCAGAAACAGCUUGAACCGGUCUCCAAUGUCACUUCCAGCUACAGAUUUACACCGAGGCUUUUGCGAGUCCUCCCACCAGUUUACAACCAGCCGGCAGACAGCAGGGCACAAACCACUAGAAUCAUUGGACCACUUGAGAAGCAACACUCCAUCACCCCUUAACCUUUCCUCUACUUCCUCCAAACACUCUCAAAGUAGCUCUUACACUCCGAACAGCCUGAGCUCGGAGGAGGCCCGCGGGGACACACCGCUGGAUCUGUCGCUACCCAAACACAUGGCGCAGAAGCUCGCCUCCGCCGGAGAGAAGCGGCCCAGACCCAAUGGUUUAAUCAGAGAGCACAACGGGGAGGCUUUGGGGCGAGAGCAGGGGUCUGGGCUCUUUGAUUUGGUCAACAUUAAGAAGGAGGUCCUGGGAUCUGAUGGUGGAGGGAAUGCUAUUCACCAACUGGAGAAAAGCACCAGUCCCAUCUUUGGGAUUAAUCCCUUUGCUGGCGGACCUGUCUACACCUCCCUUCCACCUCACGGAGCAUUUCCCCCACCCACCUUCAUGACUCCUGCCCAAGCGACCAUCCCAGGCCUCAGGCCCUACCCGGGUCUUGACCCCAUGAGCUUCCUGCCUCACAUGGCCUACACCUACGCCACCGGGGCAACCACAUUCGCUGAAAUGCAGCAGAGGAGAAAGUACCAGCGGAAACCAGGCUUCCAGGGGGAGCUGCUGGACGGCACGGCGGACUAUCUGUCAGGCCUGGACGACCUGACAGACAGCGAUUCGCUGCUCUCCAGGAAGAAGAUUAAGAAGACUGAAAGUGGUAUGUACGCGUGUGACUUGUGCGACAAAACAUUCCAGAAGACCAGUUCCCUCCUAAGACACAAAUAUGAGCACACAGGUAAACGUCCCCAUCAGUGUCAGAUCUGUAAGAAGGCCUUCAAACACAAGCACCACCUGAUCGAGCACUCACGCCUGCACUCUGGAGAGAAGCCCUACCAGUGCGACAAGUGCGGCAAGCGCUUUUCGCAUUCGGGCUCGUACUCGCAGCACAUGAACCACCGCUACUCAUACUGCAAGAGGGAGGCCGAGGAGCGCGAGGCGGCCGAGAGGGAGGCCAGGGACAAGGGAGGCGGAGGAGGCGUUGCAGUUGCAGGGCUGGAGCCCACCGAGCUGCUGAUGAGGGGCUACAUCCAGGGGCUGGGGCCCCUUGGAUACUCGGACCCAGAGGACCAGCAGGAGGAUGGCGGCGGUGCGAUGCUGAGGGUCAGCGGUGAGGGAGGAGGAGGACGGGAGGAGAGGGAAAUGGACGGCAAGAUGUCUGAGGAGGUGACAGAGCGGCAGGAGGAAAGUUUCAGAAAAGGAGAGGAGGAGCAGGAGGGCGACAGCAGGAGCCAGAUGGACUUGAUGGGCGACGUUGAGGGUAAAGGCUCGCCGCUGCCGAUGGACGAGAGUUCACGAGAAGGGAAAACAGACGGCAGGUCAGACCAGGAGGACUGAUGAGGAGCAACAAAAGCUUUGGGACGCUGGCUCGAUGCAGCUGCUGCUUUAUGAGGGGCUGAAAGGAAGACGAGGGCCGGAGGGGACGGCGGUCAUCUUCUCACACCAAAUUAGUGUUUACUUUAGACUUCCUGCUGAGACUGAUGGGUCACAAAUGUGUUUAUGGUCUGAUUCAGCUUCGUUCACGUUCAGCCGACCGAAAACAUAAAUGAUUUUAAAAAGGCUGUAAUGUGCAGUUAACUUAGUAUUAUUAACAAAACUCGUGGCCUCUGAUUUAUCAGGUUCAGUCUGAUUAUUUUCUCCUUCAAAGUGUUUGUUGACAGCUUUUUUAAUGGAGUCCUGUUUCUUUUACAUUUUAAAGUUUAAGUUCUGCCGUUAGCUAAAGUGCUGGGAUAGUUUUACAGCCAGGAAGGCCGAACUUUGAACCUCGGCAGUUCAGUCUGGAGCUCUCAAACCCUGAAGUUUAAGGUUUCUGCUGAGCUGAUGUUAGAUUUGAUUUAUAGAUUUUUAGAUCUUGGGGGCAAAACCCCAAGACCCACGGCACUAGUUUUCAACCUUUAAGUAAAAACACUGAAAAUAGAGCCCAAAAAGCUUCUCCUUAAAUCGCACAAGCAAGCCUAUACAGUACAGAAGUAUUUUUUAUUAUUAAUGUGUUUGUGAAUCCAAGAGAAGACAGGUUUACCUUGAGACCUACUGAGAAACCAGUUUUGUUGUAGCAGAACACCAUUUACUAAAGACACUACCAGCAACCUUAGCAACUCUGAAUGACGUGUUAGGGUUAGAGAUGGUCUCGGUCUAGUUAGGGACUCUGUGGAAUGAAGAGCAGGUUCACGUUGUAGUUCUCUGAACACGAGGUGUGGUCUUUGAGGCGUAGCGUGGUCGUUAAUGAUCCCGGCUCGAUUUUGCUAGGUUAGCUUGUUUUCAUCACCAUGAUACCUAAACACAUAUUCAGACCUGUGGGAGGUUUUAUGUGAAUGAAAUAAUGAUGCUAGCAACAUUAUUUUGUAUGAUUUUAAGCGUUUGAGGGUAAAUCUGUGGAAUCACAGCCUGAACCUGAUGAGUCAAAGGUCAUGAGUGUUUUGUGUGAAGUUUGGUUUGAUGAGCCCAAACGGAGAGGCGGGUCCACAGGAAGUCUGAACAACACUGGGAUCUAUUAUUGUUAUUAUCAGUGUUAAUGUUUAACUUUUAAAACGUCUCCACGCCCCAGGUAACCUCCGUCAGUCCCUGCGCGGAGACGCGACCCCAUGAGCGUCCCGCCUGAAGCCGGGUGGGACCGUUUAAAAAUCCACAUUAUGCAAAAAACGAAAACAGAAGAAGAAGAAGUCGUAAUGAGUAUCACUAUAAUGAAAUGAAGCUGUUUUUAAUGUACAGUAUUAUAAAGGCCUAAAAGCUGUGUGGUGCUAUGAUGUUCUUAACUUUCGGUGUGUUGUUGUGUUCGAACCUCACUUCAGGAAAUUGCACUCCACUCCCUGAAUCACUACAAAAUAAAAGAAAAAGAAAAAAAGAGGGAAUACAGCCUCGAACACUCGGCCACUUCCUGUCAGUGUUAUUGUCGUAUUUUAUCUCCUCUUACUGUGAUGUUUUUAUUUUUUAUUCGACUUUAUUAUUUUGCCAACUAACCACAUGACUUUGGGCCUCCUGAUUUGUUUUUUUUUUUUUGUUUGCUUUUUUUACGUGGAGGAACAUUUAAACCUGUGUGAUUUUCAAAAUAAAACGUGGAGUCUUAAAGCGCAGAGGAAAUGAAAAUGAAAGGCAGAGCCCUCUGUGUGUUGAAUUUUUCUCCAGAGAAAGCCUUAUUAUAUGCAAACCUUUCACCUGUGCCAUCCCUGUACAGCGCCACCUGUCCUCUGCUUCAGUAUUACAGUGACGAGCUCACCUGUCCGAUGCGUCAGUGUUAGCGUAGCAAGGCGUCAGUUUCUUAGUUUACACGUUUGUGCAAUUUUCUGUGUUUCUGUUCACCUCAGUAUUUCUGUCAGUAUUACUUUUGUUUUUAAUUUGAGAGUUUGCCAUUUUAUUUAUGUGACUCAUUUUAUAUUUCCUAAUUUUAUUUAUUUCAUACUGUAGUGUACAGUAUUAGAGUUCCUCACAAACAUCUAUUUUAGUAAAAUGAUCGGAGCAAAACUCUGGAGCUUUUCUUGUUGCUUUCUUUGUUUUUUCCAAACUACUGGAAAUUCUAAAUUUGGGGAACUUUGGAUACGAAGCUUCUGGUGAAAACACUGUAUUUAAAAAAAUCCACUUUAUUCAUCCCACUGAAGAGGUGAUGAAGGACUGGUGAAGACGAUGAAGGAAUUCCUGAAAUGUUUUAUGAUUUUUCAUUUUUAAUUUCCAUGCUCGAAUAAAUGUAGCCAAAAUCAAUUUUAAUAAAGCUGUGUUAUUCUUCUUGUA